AUGACGCGUGGUCCCCGCCCGGCCAUCCUGCCCCUGCCCGACGACGCCAUCGCCCACAUCACAUCGUCAACGGCCAUUGUCUCGCUGGCGGGCGUCGUGCUGGAGCUGCUCAAGAACGCGUUCGAUGCAAAGGCAACCAGGGUCGAGGUCACGCUCGACUUUGGGCGCGGGGCGUGCCUCGUCGAGGACAAUGGCCUGGGCAUAGCGCCCCUCGAAUUCGGCGACGGUGGUGGCCUGGGGAAGCUUCACUACACUUCCAAGUAUUAUGCCUCCGAGCCUAUGCUCGGCCGCCACGGCGUCUUCCUCGCCUCACUCGCAGCCAUGUCCCUGCUGACAAUUGCCUCGCACCAUCACGAGUACCGCUCUCAUAAUGCCGUAACUUUCCACCACUCCAGGGUCGUCGAGCGCCAGCUCCCUGCGCCGGCUCACCACGUGGUGCACGGCAACCAUGGCACCCGUGUUACCGUGCGCAACCUGUUUGGAAACAUGCCGGUGCGCGUCAAGCAGCGCUCCAUCGUGGCCGCUCAAAGAGUAGAGACUGAGAGGCUGUGCGAGGGCCUCAAGCACGCCAUCGUGGGCCUUCUCCUUAGCUGGCAUGGCACCGUAUCCGUGCGUGUCCGAGACAGCGACAACAAAGUCCUUCUCAACCUCAGCACAUCCGACUCGAGCGCACCUGCCAGAGUACAGAACAACACUGACAAGCCACGCUCCUCCCAGCUCGGUUUCCUGCUCAACAUCUUAACCCAAGCCAACUACAUCACCAUUGACGAGUGGCCGUCCUGGGUGCCAGUGUCUGCUUCGACUUCGACCGUUUCUGUCAAAGGCGCCAUAUCACUAGACCCCGCCCCUAGCAGGCAUGUCCAGUUCAUCUCCGUGGGUCUGCGGCCACUUUCCUCUGAUUGCGGGCGCAAUGAGUUGUUUGACCACGUGAAUCGUCUUUUUGCAAACUCCACUUUUGGCAUGGUCGAAGAAGAAGCAGUGGACGAGCAUGAGAAAAUCCGACGACUGUCGGAUAAGCGCUUCAAAAACGACGGCUAUACUAACCAACGGCGCAAGGCGCGCAAAGAUGUCGACCGAUAUCCCAUGUUCCAUCUCCGUGUUUUGUUGGCGGAAGCUGAUCAGCUAGGCAUGUCGGAAGACCAGUUCCUAGGGGAUGGAGCUAACCUGCAGAACAUCAUGGACAUUGUGGAAGCAAUGAUAACCCAAUGGCUCACCACCCAUCACUUUCAACCCCGCCAACCCCGCAAGAGACGAGAUGGACCUAUCGUGGCUUCUGGCACGCUUGACCGAGUUUCUGAGAGAAACGCAUCUCCCAGUCAUGUUUCUACCAGCCAACUAGCUGUAUCCAAGACAUCGACAGCCGCCAUGCCUAGGAAGAGGAAACGCUCCAAUGAUUCAACCUCAUGUGAGAAUCCUGAAAGGCAGCGUCGCGGAGCUUUUGCGGAAUGGUCACGGAUCAAAAGCGGAAAGUCUGAGUUCUUCAGCAGCCUUCCCGCCAGGCCAAAGUCAAUUAGUCAAAUGGGUCUGAGCGAACAUACUCGUGCAGUUAUUCAGGAUUCCACGAGGAACGAUGCUUUUGUCCCGUUUGCCACGAACCCUAUUGCUCAAGGCGCGUUCAGUGCUGAGACGUCGCAAGACGGGCUUCCUGCAGCCGGAAUUGCAAGCGCCGAAGAAAAGGAGAAUGAUGACAGUAUACUUUGGACGGACCCCUCAAGCGGAAAGAUACAUGUUUUGAAUGCCAGGACGGGCUGCAUCAUGCCCCAUGCUCAAUCGCGGCCAAAUGCAGACCCCUGCGUGCCUAUAUUUGGAGCUAACCACAGACGUGUAAGCAAGUCAAUUCGACUGCCAUCUCGUGCUUCGACAGCAGCUGCAGGCGAUACCCCUUGGCUGAACCAAGUGUUGCGAGACUGGGAGAAUCCUGUCUUCAAGCCCAGUGAGCAACGUAUCCAGCAAACGAGCAUUUCUGAUGAACGGCUUGGCCGCGAAUACGACAUCAAGCAUAGCUGCUCCCGGAUCACCGACAAUGCCUUUGAUGCAAAUGCUACCAGUGGUUCAAGUAGAUUUUCGAAAGAGAAUCUACAGAAUGCGCAAGUCAUCUCGCAAGUUGACAAAAAAUUCAUUCUAGUCAAGAUGCAGAAUGCCUUGGCAGGACGCGAUCAGCAGGGUGAGCUCUUAGUUCUCAUUGACCAGCAUGCAGCCGACGAGCGCGUCCAAGUAGAAUCCCUCUUGGCACAGCUCUGCACGCCAUUGCCCAGCACUGCUAAGAGCUAUCAAUCAAAGCUUGGCCACACAUGUCGCAUCGAAACCGUCGUGUUGGAAUCCCCACUCAGCUUCUCCAUUUCAGCCCACGAGCACUCGCACUUUUGCACGCAUGCCGCCCGCUUCGCAGCCUGGGGCAUCCUCUAUGACGUAUCUGCAUGUCAGGGUCCAACGGCCCGCAAGCAAGAAUACCUCGUGUCCAUCUCCACGCUGCCGCCGGCCAUCUCGCAGCGCUGCGUGACGGACCCAAAGAUUCUCAUUUCUCUGCUUCGCUCAACGGUAUGGUCGUACGUUGAGGACACGCAUGUUGCUCCUCUGCCUCGAGAUUGUUUUGCAGAGACGGAAUGCGAGGGGUCGACUUGGGUGAGUCGACUAUCCACAUGUCCACCGGCACUGGUCAACCUAAUCAACUCGCGGGCGUGUCGGUCGGCCGUCAUGUUCAACGACGAGCUUAGUCAGGGCGAGUGCGAGCAGCUGGUGCGGAAUCUGGCGGCGUGUUCGUUUCCCUUUAUGUGUGCGCACGGGAGACCGAGCAUGGUGCCAUUGGUGGAUUUGGGGCAGAGUGGGCGUGCAGGAUGUGGGCUGGGAGGUCAAGACGGUGAUGCUGACGAGAAGAGCUUUGUGCGGGCCUGGAGGAAAUGGAGGGUCUGAGUUGGAUGUAUAUGUACUUGGCAUCUUCUGGUGCCUCCACGUCAAGAAGCAAUAUGUCAGCCUU